UAAACGACGAUAAGCCAGCACCGAACAACAAGUAGAGCGUACAGUUGUUCUGUGUUAGUUUUGUUCUCGAGAUGCAGAAGUUCGUAUAUUUGUGUCCAGUGCUGCCGUUAGGAUCGUGCCCAUGGGAAGGAACCAGAGAAGAGGUGCUGCCGCAUUUCAAACAUACCCAUCCGGAUCUGCUGAUUGAGAGCAAUGUCUUCAGGCUGGACGAUUUGGCAGGCGAGAAGAACCAGCUGAUGUCGUACUCGGAAGAAGUGUUCCUAAUACAAUCAAGCAGUGUCAGCAGCAAAAUUGAAUUGACCUUGCGAUAUCUGGGCAGUCAGGUGAACGCGCAUACGUUCAAUUACUACGUUGUUGUUCAGGCUGGAAAGUAUGCGUUUAAUAACUUAUACUCGGACAGCUACAAUCCGGUGAGGAAUAAUGGACCUAUCAUCGAAAUCGAUAUGGAUAUAUUGAAGAUGACGAGCAGGGGAGCUCAGGAGGUAACGUGCACGUUGAACCUAGAGAUUUCGCUCAAAAAUUUGUCGCGCGAGUUGAGCUUGAAAAGGAGCAAAAGACUUGCUGUUAGCAGGAACAGCAGCUUCACGCUGCAGCAGAUCUGUCCAGAAGAAUCGUACUUCGUCGGUGAGAACAUAGAUUUUGUAGAUAAAAGGUAUACAGACUCUGAUAAAUUGAGUUUAAUCAAAUGCAGUACGUGUAGUGAUAACAUGACUUCGCCGAUCUACAUGUGCGAUUCCGGACACAGCGUGUGCUACCAAUGUAAGCUCAAGACCUGCGGAGUCUGCGGAAACAGCAUCCACGACUUCCGCAACACCGACCUAGAAGAGGAGAGUCGCAGAAUGAGACAUCCCUGCCGCUACAACCUUUGCUCAACCGUUCUCGAAGGCCGCAUCAUCAGGGAACAUGAAGUCCAGUGCAAGUACACCGGGUACAAAUGCUUCGUGUGCUGCAAGAAGUUUGUCUAUAGCGAUGCCGAGGUACACUUCAAAAUGGUCCAUCCAUCCUUAAGGCUGUGUAAAGAUAUGAUCGUCCAGUUUCCUCUAGAUUCGCACUUUGUCAUCAUAAGCAAAUCCGGCAUCUUCGAGUGUUUAUCCGAGAAGCAGAUUACCAUUACCCAGUGGACGGUGCGAUUCUGCGGAAGCUCCCAGUUCUUCUACGAAUGCCAAUUAACCAUCAAAGGAAAAAAAGGUCACGAGAGGAAGUACGUUCUGCGACGUAAAGGCAAUGACCACAAACUCACACUGAACUUCAGUGAAUACAAAUCGCUCAAACCUGUGAUGGCCACUUUACAGAUACACGCGCUUUUCUAAGAGCAUCUAACAGAAUAUGUAACUCCACUUAGUUUAUUUCAUUGCUACAGUUGCAUGAUCUACAGGUUUUCAUUAGAAUUCACUCUGUGUAUCUUUGUUUGUUUCCAAAGGGAGACCAGACAACGAGACUCACUACACCUGGCGCUCUUGGAAUUCACUUUUAAUCGUUUUUGUUUCUGUUUAUUUGCGGAAGGAUUAAAAUUCGAACCUCCACACGUUUGCACGACUGUUUUCAUCUGCACCGGGUAAUUUCCAAGCAGCACUCAAUUACAGAGACUUUCCCUCUUUUCAACUAAAUUGAAAUAAAAUCACUUAUUAGGGGCUUCGUGCUUUGCAACUCUAAGUCGAACAGUGUUUAUUGUUGCAUAUGAAAUUCCGCCAUUCUCAAUCUUAUAA